AUGCUUAAAUACACAUAUCUCCACAAAUUUGGCAUUAUUCUUGCUCCAAUUGCACCAGAUUAUCGUGAUCCCUACGUACCUCCUCUGAGUGAAAGUGAUAUCAAAGAUAAGUUUAAGAAACUACCAAAAACUCUUGAGAGUCCAAAUAUCCUAGAGUUUUUAUCAUCAUUGCAACGAGAUAUGUUACUUGAGUCAUUCUUUGAGGAAGCCAAGAUCCGUCUGAUUCUGGAUCAAUGA